GCAAGGCUGCGGCGGCCCCGCCAUCUACACCGGUGGCGCCGCCGACCUCAAAGCCAGCACAGAGCAGACCAGUCGUGAAGCCUCCUUCUACGCCGGCUGCAACAUCCACGCCGUCCGUACCUGCCGCAAAAUCCACCGCGCAGCCCGCCCAGCCAGGCCCACAGCCUCCUCCAGAGGAGAAGAGGAGGCGGCUGCUCGCGAAUGCUCUGCAGCGCCAGGCCAGAACUUCAGCACCGCGCAAGCGACCAUCUUCUCUUCUGACAGGUGGUGCGCAGGCCACUAAGGAGGUAAACGCCGAGUUGGAGUUUCAGCAGAAGUGGUUCAACGUAAAUCGGAGUGCCGGCUGCAAGUACAUCGUUGGACAGCUGCGUCGAGUGACAGGAAGAUUGGGUCAAAGAAGAUCACUUAGGACCAAAAAUCUUGCCCCAGGAUCGAAGAGUCAGUAA